GAACCUCCAUCUCCUGGAUCAUAGGCUGAUGCUCAGCUGCAGAGCCACGCCAGCCAGGCCCUUACAUACUCUUACUUUCUUUUACUCUACCCAGUAAUUUUACUACAGUAGUCCUGUUGGUAUCCACAUGUGACACACGUGAGGGCUGUGCUUUCCCCUGGCGGGGGUGCUUUGUAUUACCUUUGAGUUGGUGGUGGAAUUUGGUGAACUGGUGUACCUUUGGCUGUCCCACCCCCUUUAUUCCUGGGAGUUCUGGGAUAGAAACUUUUCUUUGUCUCAGUGUCUCCCUUGGCUGGUGACAGAAGAAGUGAGUGUUCUUGAAUGGAUGCUGUGUUCUUCAAAGUUUGUGUGGGUGGCCAGCAUCGACGUGGUAGAGAAUGAUGAUGCCAGUGCCAGCGUCGUCGUCAAAAUGACAGACUCGUUCACCGAGCAGGCUGACCAGGUGACGGCUGCGGUCGGCAAGCUCCUGGGUGAAGAGAAGGUGGAUGCGAUCCUUUGCGUGGCCGGAGGAUGGGCUGGGGGCAACGCCAAGUCCAAGUCUCUCUUUAAAAACUGUGACCUGAUGUGGAAGCAGAGCAUGUGGACGUCCACCAUCUCCAGCCACCUGGCCACCAAGCACCUCAAGGAAGGAGGCCUCCUGACCUUGGCCGGUGCCAAGGCUGCCCUGGAUGGGACUCCUGGGAUGAUCGCCUACGGCAUGGCCAAGGGCGCCGUCCAUCAGCUGUGCCAGAGCCUCGCGGGGAAGAACAGUGGCAUGCCGCCCGGGUCUGCCGCCAUCGCCGUGCUCCCGAUUACCCUGGACACCCCGAUGAACAGGAAGUCCAUGCCCGAGGCCGAUUUCAGCUCCUGGACGCCCUUGGAUUUCCUCGUGGAAACCUUCCACGACUGGAUCACAGAGAAAAACCGACCAAGCUCAGGGAGCCUGAUCCAAGUGGUGACGACAGAGGGAAAGACGGAACUUACCCCGGCAUAUUUUUAAGCUCCAUCUCAGUGCCCGAGAGGAGCCUGCCAGGAAAGCCAACUAUCCCAGUGUAGCCUCGUCUGGCUGUGUUUUCUGUAAUUCUGUCUGUGAUAUGAGAUAGACCUGUUUUCCUCUCACCUGAUGUGCAUUUGCCUUCCUAAGGUGGUGUAAAAUGUUUGUGUGAAAUAAAACCGUGUGGGUGGAGGCCUGCAGAUAGCGCUGUCACCCAUCCAUGCUGACCACCUAAGCUUCGGAGGCCUCCGAACGGCCUCUCUGGGUCGGUGUCACGCUGAGUUGCUUUUGAGACAGUUUAUCUGCCCCUGAUAAUGCUGUCGGUUCGACUAGUUCAGAGGUUUGUUGUCAUCGGGGGCAGUUGGGGGCCUGAGUUACUGUUGAAUGUUACGUUUCUGUCACAGAUGUAGUUUUUGCAGCAUUGAAUUAAACUGCCUUAAAACUCCUUUUGUGGUGUAAGCAAAACCCAUGGAUUCUGUCAGGUGUCUUUCCUGUGCGGUCGCCAAGUGUGUGUUAGGACCACUUGUGAUUAUUUGGAGUUUAUCUUCCUAAUAAAUGCACUUCAUUGA